UCAACAAACAACAACAACAAUUAUCUCGACCUAUAAGCUACGCCGCCUCAGCAGCCAGAUAUUCAAGAGCGAAUUAAACCGAGGAGACGGAUACAUCCACAUUUUUUUUAACUCCUAAAGUCCACUUUUCUUCUUGUUCUUCCCGUCAAAUUUGCCUCCUCAGAGGUUUACGGCUGUCCCGGGACACUGGGGCUUGGCUGUACCCAGAACGCAGCUUACCUAACCGAAGAUAUUUUCCUUGGAGCUCCGCAACAGGCAGAAUAAAGUGACUUCAUCGGUGUGUGUGUGUGUGUGUGUGUGUGUGUGUGCAAACCUCGGUGACAAAGCUGCAGCCUCCGCGUUAUAGGAGGAGGUAGUCUGCAGUCUCUGGGGUUGGUGGUGGUGGAGGUAUGACUGCGUUGGCGGGGUCAAUACCCAGGAUGAUGCGACCCACGCUGGCUCAGAACUACCCCCGCACUGGCUUCCCUCUGGAAGGUACAGCAUCACAUCACCAACACGGAGGUCACAGCCACGGAGCUUUGUGGGAGACGUUUGGAUUGUCCACCCCGUUGGGUCAAGGCCGGGUGAACCAGCUCGGAGGAGUUUUCAUAAAUGGUAGACCUUUGCCCAACCACAUCCGACAUAAAAUCGUGGAGAUGGCCCAUCACGGCAUCAGGCCGUGCGUCAUCUCCCGGCAGCUCCGGGUCUCCCACGGCUGCGUGUCCAAGAUCCUGUGCCGGUACCAGGAGACGGGCUCCAUCAGACCCGGGGCCAUCGGGGGCAGCAAACCCAAGCAGGGGGCCACGCCGGACGUAGAGAAGAGAAUAGAAGAAUACAAGCGGGAAAACCCGGGUAUGUUUAGCUGGGAGAUUCGAGAUAAAUUACUGAAGGAUGGGAUUUGUGACCGCAACAACGUCCCUACAGUGAGCUCCAUCAGUCGCAUCAUGCGGAGUAAGUUUGGGGGCAAAGGCGACGAAGAAGACGACGAAGAUGAGAUCGAGAAGAAAGAGUUGGAGGAGUGUGACCGGAGGGCCAAACACAGCAUCGAGGGCAUCUUAGGGGACAGAUCAAGUCACUCAGACGAGGGAUCGGACGUGGAGUCAGAGCCCGACCUGCCGCUUAAGAGGAAGCAGCGUCGCAGUCGCACCACCUUCACAGCGGAGCAGCUGGAGGAGCUGGAGCGGGCCUUCGAGAGGACCCACUACCCCGAUAUCUACACUCGGGAGGAGCUCGCACAGAGGGCCAAACUCACAGAGGCCAGGGUUCAGGUUUGGUUCAGCAACAGGCGGGCGAGGUGGAGGAAGCAAGCAGGAGCCAAUCAACUGAUGGCAUUUAAUCACCUAAUCCCGGGAGGUUUCCCACCGUCAGCCAUGCCCGGCAUCCCCCCGUACCAGCUCUCUGACAGCACCUACCCCCCCUCAUCUAUAGCACAAGUGUCGGAGCCCCCCAGCACGGUGCAUCGACCCCAGCCCCUCCCUCCCUCCUCGGGCCACCAAGCCUCAGGCGGAGGAGGUCAGGGAGAAGGCGGCUCCGGAUACUGCCUCGCCUCCGGACGCCACUCCUUCUCAGGCUACUCGGACGGCUUCGUGAGCCCCGGAGGACCGGCCAAUCCCAUGAACCCGGCCAUCGGGAACGGACUCUCUCCACAGGUGAUGGGUCUGCUGAACCCCGGCGGCGUGCCACAUCAGCCCCAAAGCGACUACGCGAUAUCCCCUCUGACUGGCGGACUCGAGCCGCCCGCUGGCAUGGCGGCCAGCUGCAGCCAGCGCAUGGAUCACAUCAAGGGCCUGGAGGGGCUCACCAGUGUUCCCUCCAUGUCGGCUCUGCCCUCCCUGCCCAGCUCCCAGUCCUACUGCCCCCCCUCCUACAGCUCGCCAGGCUACACCGUCGACCACGUGGCGUCCUAUCAGUACGGCCAGUACGGACAAAGUAAGGUGCCUUUCCUUAUCUGAGACCUGAGAUCACCUGAUCCCGAGACUCCACGGGACGGCGACGGGGAGGGAAGACAUUUGUGUGUACAGAGAUGGAAAACCUUUAUUAUCAGGACCAAAAGUUUUGCUACCAUUUACCAGGACAUGUUCUCCCUGCAGUGUGUGUGUGUGUGUGUGUGUGUGUGGGGGGGACUAUGUAUUAUUCAUUCUAUGUGGAACAAAAAGAAGGGACCAGAAGAGGGACUACCAGACCAAAAACUGUGUGUCUUUGAGCAUCGCUGCAUCAGUGCAGAAGAUGAGGAGAGACGUCAGCUCUUAACGUGUGGCACAGUGGAGAUCUGACCCCUCUACAGCGCCACCAAGAGGCAUUUCUACCGGCUGUUCCAGUGACCAAACACCAUCUGUGGACUCAAAUCUAUUGUCAGAGACUUCUAACCUUGUUGAAGGAGCCUGUUGACAUGAUGUAAGGGCUACAUGAGCAAACCUCCAAAUGAAUCCCCAGAUUGUGUCUGCAGAAAGGGGAGAAAGAAAAGGGGCUUGAUGAUUUGAGUUUGAUUUGUUUGAGCAGAACACCUGAGCAGAAAAUGUCUGCAUGUUUUAUUGUGUCCAAACCUGUAAUGUACACCCCCGGCUGUACUGCAGAGAAAGUUCAUUCAAACACUCCUCUCCCUCCCCCCCGCUGUCUCUCUCUCCUCUCGCCUUUCUGUCUCACUCCAUGUCUCAUUGAUGUUCAGGACGGUGAAGCAGGGAUCCCGCCCUUUUGUAGUUUUUAAAGAGGAGGUCAGAGGGCGACUUCAGGGGAAAGUGACAGAUGAGAGAGCAGAAGAGAAGGGGCGGCAGAGAAGUGGCUUUACAGGGAAGGGGGGAAGAGGGGGAUGGGUUGGGAUAGGCAAGAUCGAUCACAGGGUUAAAGAACCCUUUAAAGAUCCUCUCCCGGAGAGAAAAAGCCACCGGGUCACAAGUCACGGCAGCGAGACACUUGAGAAACAGAGAGACUCCGAGACUUAAGAAGACAGACUUUCUCCCAGCUGACCAGAAGUGCAAUAUCACAUAUCUCAGAGUCUCCACUAAAACAAUAAAAAAAAAAAACGAGACGUGCCUCUUAAAGUCUUACGAAACACUCUGGAUCCUUCCUCUGGAUCUUGUUUGAAGCUUUGCAAAGGAGCAACACAUGUGCCUUUGAAGGGUCCAAAACAAGUGCCAAACGUUCCCAUCCAUGUUGCUGUAACGGGACACUGAGGGGAGCGCACUCUUGAGGACUCGAGUCCCGAGGAAAAGAGUUAAUCAAGGGAACGCCAAUGUAAACAGGAAGCAGGAAUAACAAAGCCAAAACUGUAUUUUUAUUUUUUUAUGUUGCUUGGGACCAUUUUAGGAAGUUUAGAUUUGACACAUUCCCGACAUAUUUAUUGUCACGAUGUUCUGAACUAUGUUACAUUUCUCUUCCAUGUACAGGUGACAAUACUUUAACCGCCCUGUACGGCCAUCCGUCUGUCAGACUGCUCAAAGUGCUGUCGCUCAGCUCAGCCGCCAUCACAUCUUUGUACAAUAUGAAUUCGCAUUGCAUUUCGACAUUGCAGAAGCGGAAGCUCCACAUACACACACAGUCAGACAUGCACGCACACACGGCGCUGUGCUCCCCCGCCGUCUCUGCUGAAACUGCCACGCCUCUGGAUCUACCUUCAAGGACGGUACAGAGGGGAGAUCACUUCGGCCCCCCCCCUAAUGCCCCCCUUUUUUCUCAGAAGUGCCGUCACUCAGCUCGGCCGCCAUAAUGUCUUUGAAAAGUUUAUAUCGAUUCUGUGAUGGCGUUAUAUUGGUGUUACAGUCGGCGUUGAAGAAGGACGGCACAGCGGGAGCUCCACAGAAAAAGCAGUCCUUUCAUUCCUUUGACAUAUAUUUUUUUUGUAUUAUCGGACAAAGCGAUAUCACAUAACAUCAUGUGUACAAGCGCAUUAUCUUUACUAUUUAUAAUGAAAUAAAAACUCUGAAAAUAA